AUGCCCGAUCCUACCUCCUAUCCAUUAACGAAUUAUUAUUUUUUAUUAAAAACAGAGAAUUUAAAUCCAUUAAUAGAUGCAAUAAAUCAAAUAUCUGAAGAAAUCACUCAUAAUCAAACGAUACUUGAUUCAUUAUCAUCUACAAUAAUCAAAGAAAAUACCCUUUCUUCUUCUUCUUCUUCUACAACAACAACAACAAAUGGUAAUAAUAUAAUUAAUGAUCCAUUACAUUAUUUACUUGAACAAAAAUAUAAUCUACCUAAACGAUCAAAUAAAUUGAAGAAUUCUCAAGAAUAUAUUGAAUAUCUACUAAAUGAUAUUAAUAAAUUGAAAAAAAUUCAAUAUCAGAAAAAAUUAAGAAAUAAAGAAUUAUAUAAAAUUUUAAAUAAAUAUCAAGAUGAAAUAAUUAAUAAUUUAUUACCUGGUUUAAGACAAUUAAUUAAUGAUAUAUUAAUAAAUAAGAAUAAUAUGAUUAAAUCAUUAGAAGAUAAAAAAAAUCAUGUUGUUAUUAAUCAAAUUUAUAAUGAUUAUUUAAAUUAUGUUAGAUUUGUAUGGAAUAUUUUUGAUAAAUUGAAAACAUUAUGUGAAUUGAUGAAUCAAUGA